AUGUAUAUCAUGAUUUAUAAAAAAAUGGUAGGAUAUUUUAUUUUUUUUUUUACACUUUGGUUACAUACUUAUAAAUGCAUUAACAAUGUUAAAACUAAAAGUGGGUAUGGAUUUGUAAACUUAAAUAAUAAUUUGAGAAUACCUUAUAAAAAUAAACAUGUUCUUUACUCGAAAGUUGAAAUUAAAAUGCCUGCACUAUCUAGUACCAUGACAAGUGGCAAAAUAGUGCGAUGGAAUAAAAGCAUUGGAGAGUUUGUCAACGUGGGGGACAUAAUUAUGACAGUAGAAAGUGAUAAAGCAGAUAUGGAUGUCGAGUCGUUUGAUGAAGGAUAUUUAAGAAGAAAAAUAAUCGAUGAAGGGUCGGAAGCAGGUGUCGGAGACGUACUAGGAAUUCUAACAACGGAGGAGGGGGAAGCCAUGGAAAACGAUGAAGUGAUGAGUAAGCAAGUGAGAGCAGACAAGGUAGAGAACAAAGUGAAAGUAAAUGAAGUGAGAGCAGACAAGGUAGAGAACAAAGUGAAAGUAAAUGAAGUGAGAGCGGACGAUGAAAAGAAAGUGUACAUCCCACUAAUGCAAAGUAAAAAAAAGAAAGCAAGAAUUGCCAAAUGGUUGUUUAAAGAAAACGAGUUUGUAAAUAAAUCGGAUGUCAUAUUUCACAUUGAAGAUGACAAAAGUACAGUAGAAGUAGAUAGUCCUUAUACAGGUGUAAUAAAAAAAAUUUUAGUGAACGAAGGAGAGUUAGCCGAUUUGGAAAAAGAAGUUGCCAUCAUUUCAGCUCAAGAGGAAAUCCAGAAACCAGAAAAUACUCCUAUCAAUUUAAAAAUCGAAAUAAAAGAACAUGAUGUUAUAAGUCAUUUUAAAAACAAAUUAAAUGACACUAAAGAAGGAAAAACAUUUUUAAAAACAUUGAAUUAUGAAACUGAAAAAAUACUCGAAGAAAGACUCAAAUUAAGUAGUGAUAAAUAUUACCAAGAUAUCCACAACUAUUUUAGACCUUCUGAAGUAAAUCAAAAAAAUGUCAAGGAGCAUGCACAAUCACAUGAAAAAAUGGUCUUACCUUCUGCCAUCGAGCUUAUGAAGAAGCAUAAACUAACCCCCGAAGAUAUCACGGAGACGAAGAUGCCAGACAGGAUUACCUACGAAGAUGUCGACCUGUUUCUCGAGAAAAAAAAUGUUCAUAAAAUAAAUGAUAUCACAAGAAUAGAAAGCAAAGCAAGAAUAGUCAAACUAACAAACAUUCAAAAGUCUAUAAAAAAUAAUAUGAUGCAAACAUUAAAUGUUCCAGUAUUUCGAGUAACGCAUUUAAUGAAAACUUCGCAAUUAUUAAAAAUAUAUGAGCAAGUAAAAGAUAAAAUAAGUAUGUCAGUAAUAUUAAAUAAAUGUGUAUCAUUAGCUUUACUUAAAAAUCCAUUAAUAUAUUCAACAUAUAUAGAUAAUGAAAAUGGAGAAAUUAUGUACAACCAAAAUAUAAAUAUAGGAAAUGCAUUAGGUCUUAGUGAUUCAUUACUAAUUCCUGUUUUAAAAAAUGUUGAUCAAAAAGAUAUAUAUACCUUAUCAACAGAAUGGAAGGAACUUGUAAAAAAAGGAAAAAAUGGAACUCUUUCAGCUAAUGAAAUGUCUGGAGGUAAUUUUUUUAUUUCUAAUUUAGGGAUGUUUAACACAUAUCAAUUUGAUGCUAUCUUGCCCAAAAAUGUGUCAUGCAUUUUAUCAAUCGGUACAAAUAUAAUUAGUAUGGAUCAAUUUGAAGAUUUAAAAAUAAAUAAAGGAAUAAUGAUGACAUUAACAUGCGAUCAUAGACAUAUAUAUGGAUCUCAUGCUGCUACAUUUAUGAAUGACUUAGCAAAUAUUAUUGAAAAUAAUAUCAACAAUAUAUUUUUAUAA